AUGAAUGAUUGCGAUUCUCCCACUUCCUAUCACCAAGCAGUCUUCCGACGACUCUGUUUCGGACGCUCCUGGGUGACCCAUCCUCCUCAGCCGGGAGACCACAAGUUGUCUGUCCUUGUUAUCAACGACGUGGGGUCGUCAUCACUGUCAAACCAGCACGGUGGCCCGGCGAACGAUUCGGAGCUCCAUGAUAAUGACUUUGGUUCUAACCGCAUUGAAGAAGGCACUCGAGUAGUCACAUCUCAGCACUAUCCCUAUAGAAAUCCCACGUCUGUCUGCAGCGAUACAAGCCUCAGUUCAACCAACCUUUCGGACAAACCCAGCGACGGUCCUGAACUGCAAUUACCCCCCUGUGACAGGAACUGCCAGCUCUCCCUCCAAUUCCAGAAUGGAGGGGUUCCGUUGUCAAGUUCCUUACGCAAGACAUGGGAAUGCACUCGUAGCGAGAACGAGCUCGUGAGAUCGUCCAAGGUCGGCGCCGAUCUGUCGGGACUCGAUUACGUUUAUGGCUCGCUCCAGGCGACGGAACCGCAGCUGCCCCCUGUUGUCCUCAAAAACUCGGCCACUCCGCUGUUUGAGAACGACUUCAUUAAGGUUGCCCGUUCCAACAUUGCAGGAUUGGGCGUCUUUGCUGCCAAGACGUUGAAGUACGGACAGUCAAUCCUGAGGGAAAGGCCCCUUUUCGAAGCCGACGAGUCUUGCUUGUUCCAGAAUUUUGGCAAAUUGGACCCGCAGGCCAGGAAGGUUGCUUUAAGCCUCUAUGCGAACGAGCUCGUCAAGCCGGGCACGCCCAAGAUUCAGGCCGUGUGGGCAACAAACUGUUUCACCGUAGGCGGACGACAGGCAGGCUUAUUCCCCAUCGCUGCCCGGUUCAACCAUGCUUGCUUCCCAGCUCAGAACGUCGACUUUCAAUUCGAUCCAAUGCUGCGAUGCCUCGUCCUUACCGUCUGCGUGCCGGAGAUUGAGGCUGGCCAGGAGCUUCGAAUUAAUUACGGAAAGGAUCGUACGCCCAGGGAGCUGUACAUCACCUACGGCUUCCGCUGCCAAUGUGGUAGCUGUCCGGGUUUUGACGAGAGGGACAUGUCAAGAUUGACAACCAUCUGGUGA